AUGCCUCCGUUAGGCUCUCUCACAGUUCGCAUAUCCAACCUACCACCAUCCAUAUCCCAAGAAAAGGUUGUCGCUACAGCAAGGUCAAAAUUCUCCGAAUAUAUUUCUGAGGGCGACUCUUUGAAAUGUCUCAAGUCAUUAAUAACCCCCAAUCCAAAUGAUGCUGGAAAGACGCAAGUCGCCGUUGUGACACUAGAUAGGCCUCUCCCAACACUCUUCAGCGACAAGGGUGACGAAGAGACCUUAUCUUUCGAUUUUGACGGUGAUUGUCAUAUUGUUACGAUUGACCGACAUUUUCGGGGACUCACUUGUCUUCAUAAUGGGGGCGCAAUUGAAGCAGUCGACCUUAUUUUCGUUACAGGUCUUGCGGGACAUGCAUAUGGCUCUUGGAAGGCGUCUGGAAAGACUACUAUGUGGAUUGAAGAUUUUCUGAUUAAAGAGAAUUUCAAAGAUCAAUUUCGAGUUCUCGUUUAUGGCUAUAAUUCGAUGCUAGUGAAGAGCACAUCGGUAGCGGGAAUAUCGGAUUUUGCACACACUUUCCUCGCAGUUGUUGCUAGGGCUCGGACACUGGACAAGAAUAGCCAGGGAAGGAAGAUCAUAUUCUUUGGGCAUAGUUUGGGCGGUCUCGUGGUGAAGGAGGCUAUAUGCACAGCUGCCUCCGUGGGACCAGGGAAUCCGGGUUACUAUGAUAUUCUCCGAAGUACGUCUGCAGCAUUUUUCUUUGGCGUCCCAAAUAGUGGUAUUCGGGUUGAAGAAUGGAAGUAUAUGGUGCAAGGUCAACCGAACUGGGAUCUUAUUCACGAUCUUCGUCCCGAAUCUACAUACUUACGCCUUCUACACGAACACUUCCGUGGGUUUGUAAGGGAGAAACUGGCCAGAUUUCGGAUUGUUACGAUUCUGGAAACAAGGGAAACGGAAACUGUUAAGGAAGUUAACGGGGUCUGGAAGCGAGCUGGUGAAACGAAGCUUAUGGUUCCUCGCUCAUCUGCUUUAUCAAAUAUAAAUGAAGCCCCGGACGACAUACUACUGCGAGACGCUGACCACAGCGGCGUUGCCAAAUUCAGCUCAUCAAACGACCCAGAAUACGAGCUCCUAAAGGAGAGGAUAGAAAAAUAUGUUUACGAAGCUCAGCAGGUCAUCGAGGAGACGAGCGAAUCUGGGACAACAGAUAUCACUAAACUGGAAAAGAGAUAUUUUGAUGUACCUUAUUCGAGAAAUCCCGGAUAUGUUCAAAGGAAGGACAUUUCGCUCAAACUGGAAGAGCUUCUGUUACAAAAGAACGAAGACGAACAAAUUAAAGUUGCAAUAUGUGCGCUUGGAGGGGCUGGAAAGACACAGGUUCUUUUAAACUUUGCCUACCAGAGCCGUGAAAACCAUCAUGUUUUCUGGCUGUACGGCUCAUCACUUGAGCUCAUCGAAGCCGGGCUUGUAAAGGUUGCGGCAACUGUUGGUUUGUCCAAGGGUGGCCUCGAAGCAGAAAAGAUAUGUCUUAUGCUCAAGGAUUGGUUGGAUUCCGAGGUUUCUGGCAACUGGAUUCUUCUGGUUGAUGCUGUGGAUUCCUUGGACGAAACCCUUACAGCAGGUAUUCAAAAGUACCUACCGAGCAAGCGAGGCACGAUUAUCUUUACGACACGGAAUAGGGAUAUCACCGGCAGGCUUGUUUAUCCAGGAUACUGUCUCGAACUAAGUGAAGGAAUGACAACAGAUGAGGCACUUGCGACAUUCAGGCCUUACGGUGACCAAGACAUCAAUACCGACGACCAAGAAUCUGUAAUGAUUUUACUAGAAGAGCUGGAGUUUUUCCCGUUGGCAAUAGCUCAGGCAGCUGGAUACCUACGCAAGACAGGAAUACGGGUUAACGAGUAUCGUGAAAGACUACGAAAACAUGAUUUCAAGCUAUUAUCACAACAGCCCACCGACCAAAUCGGUGGACCAAGUCCCGAGGCGGUUAUGAAAACCUGGGAUAUAUCGUAUCAGCAUAUAAAAGAACGAAAUAGCUCCGCUACAAAACUUCUGGAGGUUCUAUCACUCCUCGCUUACCAGGAAAUAUCAAUGUCUCUUUUCAUCUUUGAGACGGAUAACCCCAUGUCAACGCUCGAUAUUGAAGAUGAAAUUGACUUUGAUAACGCUGUCUCAGAGUUAUUAUCGUUUAACCUCGUAUAUUCCUUUCGGUCAGCAACCGGUGAAAGUACAUUCAAACUUCACCGUCUCGUCAGUCUCUGGACGAGACAUCUCAUAAAAGAUCGACUCGACACAAAAACAGCGGCUCUUGAUGUUGUUAGAUUGAAGUUCCCAGACCCAGUACAGGCUACACUCCAGGAGUGCUCCAAACUUGCUUUACACGUGGAAACAAUACUCAAAAACGUUGCGCAAGAUUCAGAACUUGGGAAAACGCCACCGGGGUUGAAAAACCGUUAUGCCGACUAUCUUCACUACUCUUGCCAAUUUUCGACUGCGGAUACAUUUUAUCGGGAAUCCUUUGAAUACUACGAGAAGGCAUUGGGCAAAGAUCACUACGUUCCGAAUCAAAUCGCCACCAAACUCGCAUGGAAUCUCAUGAAGCUGGGUAAACACGGCGAAGCACGAGAGUGGCUUCAGCGCGUUCUAUCCAAUCUGAAACCCUCAACUAAGCAAAUGGCAGAAACACAUGCCGAUGCCCUCCAAAGGAUGGGGUAUAGUUACUGUAGUCAGGAUCAAGAUUUCAACAAGGGUCUCGAAUAUUAUCAUCAGGCUUUGAAAGAGUAUACCAAAACCUUUGGCGAAAACUACCAAGCCACUCUCGAGGUAACCAGCUUGAUAGGAAGCGCAUACGGUGGACUCGGCCGGUUUGACGAAGCUCUACAGUUUUGUAAGCGUGCUCAAUCUGGGCUGGAACUGCACCUAGGCAGCGACCAUGAGAAUACGAUAUUAAACUCUGCGCGCAUGGCAGCGAUCUACUACAAGCAAGGAAAAUACAACGAAGCAUUAGAGUGGCAGCAACAGUGUCUGGAGUACUACGAAAAAACAUUUGGAAAAACCCACAAUAUCACAUUAUUGAUGCUUGAUAGCAUUGGUCUAAGCUUGCAAAAGCUUGAGAGGUUUGAAGAGGCUCUAGAAUCCCACCAGCGGGCUCUCACGGGUCAGAUAGAAGUCCUAGGUCCAUUACACCCGGAGACUCUUAUUUCCACUUGCAACAUAGGCUCUGUUUACUUCACACGAGAAGAAUAUAGGGAAGCUCUGGAAAAGUUUGAAUAUGUUGUUAUAACGGGACAAACGGCGCUGCCUGCAGGCCACGGCUUGGUAUAUCAUGCAGUCAGGAUGGUAGCUCAGUCUUACGAAAAAUUGAGCGAGGAUGUACCUGAAAAGUUCAAGGAACUUCUAAAUUUAGCUGGUGGCCCUUAUGGCAAUAUGCCUGUCCAACCGCCACCAGAAAUACGGUUGGACACAAAUGAGCGGGUGCGACGGCGCGAUAAGGUUACUGGUUAUUUCAAACGGUGGAGGUAG